GGAAAGGGCGGGGCUAGCGACGCAGCAGAGCCUGGCGCAGGCUGCUGCUGCCGCUGCCGCCGCCGCCUGCUCUGUACACUGGGAAGAAACGUGAGAGUCGCUGCCGAGCCAGAGAGAGCGGCGGCGCGUCGGGGCGCACACGGGCUCCGGGCGGCGCCAGGGGGAGGCGAAGGACUUACUCGCCGAGCCGAGGAGCAGCAGCCGCCCUCGCCGCCGCCUGUGGUUUCUGCCCAUAACAGCCGCAUCUCUGCCCGCUCCUUCUUUUUUUUUAUUUAUUUUUUUUUUUUUUUGGCAAAUUGGCGUAGAGUCUUUGUCUUUUGUGUUUGUUUGUUUGUUGCACGCCCCUGCCAAACAAAGAGAAGGGGGGUGGCUGAGGGAGAAGACAUGCGUUCCGUCAGGAAGAGGUGGACUAUCUGCACGAUAAGUAUCCUCCUGAUCUUUUAUAAGACAAAAGAAAUAGCACGAACUGAGGAGCACCAGGAAGCGCAACUCACGGGAGAUGGUGAGUUGAGUUUGAGUAGAUCAGUGCUCAAUAGCUCUGAUAAAAUAAUUCAAAAGAGUGGCUCUUCAAUCUUUCAACAUUCUGUAGAAGGCUGGAAAAUCAAUUCUUCUUUGGUACUGGAGAUAAGGAAGAAUAUUCUUCGGUUUUUGGAUGCUGAAAGAGAUGUCUCAGUGGUCAAAAGCAGCUUCAAACCAGGAGACAUAAUUCAUUAUGUGCUAGACAGACGUCGCACCCUGAACAUUUCUCAGGAUUUGCAUAGCCUCCUUCCUGAAGUUUCACCAAUGAAGAACCGUCGGUUUAAAACAUGUGCAGUUGUGGGCAAUUCUGGCAUCCUCCUGGACAGUGAAUGUGGAAAGGAGAUUGACAGCCAUGACUUUGUAAUAAGGUGCAAUCUAGCCCCUGUGGUGGAGUUUGCUGCAGAUGUGGGAACUAAAUCUGAUUUUAUUACCAUGAAUCCAUCAGUUGUACAAAGAGCAUUUGGAGGCUUUCGGAAUGAGAGUGACAGAGAAAAAUUUGUGCAUAGACUAUCCAUGCUGAAUGACAGUGUCCUUUGGAUUCCUGCUUUCAUGGUGAAAGGCGGAGAGAAGCAUGUGGAGUGGGUUAAUGCAUUAAUCCUUAAGAAUAAAUUGAAAGUGCGAACCGCCUAUCCAUCACUGAGACUUAUUCAUGCUGUCAGAGGGAUUACUUUUAGCUGGAUCUGGCCACUCUUCUUAUUCAGAAUGUAUCCUAGUCUCCUUCCACGUUACUGGCUGACAAACAAGGUCCACAUCAAACGACCCAGCACCGGUCUCCUCAUGUACACACUCACUACCAGAUUUUGUGAUGAAAUUCACCUGUAUGGGUUCUGGCCGUUUCCAAAGGAUUUAUAUGGAAAACCAGUCAAAUAUCAUUACUACGAUGAUCUAAAAUAUCGAUACUUUUCUAAUGCCAGCCCUCAUAGGAUGCCAUUAGAGUUUAAAACUUUACAUAUGUUACAUAACCAAGGAGCACUGAAAUUAACAACAGGGAAAUGUGUACAGCAAUAAAGCACAUGUAAAGUACAAUAUAAAGUACAGAAUAGUCACUUCAUCAUAAAGAUGUUGUGAAGGCAAUGGGAUCCAACAGAGGAUAUAUUUCAAUACCCACUAAGCCAUUGGGAAAAGGAAGCUUACCUGAAGUCCAUGACCAGCUGAUAUUAUACCUGUAAAGUGCUAUAAAACUAAGAUAACUUGACUUCAAGGGUUCAAGUAAGUGCCACUUUCACUAAGAACAAAGCUUGAAUGUAAAAUCAGUAGUGUUUACAAGAUCCAAUGAUGCAUUCAUCGUCAAAGAGGAAGCAAAUAUCCAUUUAAUGCUGACUUGCCACCACAAAGUUGAGCAGCUUAUAGAAGAAAUACCCAGAAGAUGGACUCUAUCCUUGGGGAAAUAAAACAGCCUUUGGCAUCAGAAAUCAUGGUGGAAUUAGUGGAGAAAGUGAUGUCCAUAAGAUUAAAUAGAUCAAGUAAAUGCCUUCAGUCAGGGGACUGUCUGACCUUGUAUUAUAACCUCAUUGUUUUUGUUGGUGUUUUUUCUGAUUGCUGUUUUUUUUUUUUUAUUUGGGUAUUGGAAUCCUUAAAGGAUUUUAUGAGGAUGAUAGGAACAAUUAAAAAUAAAAUCUUCGAAGAGUUGUAUUUGAAGAAAUAAGUUCUUAUUGGGGGGGAAAUCAAAUACUUAAAUAUUUAUGUUGUAUCCUGCUGUUGCACAACUCUAAACCUCCAGAUUGCUUUUUUAACUGAAAUUGUCAGUGCCAGCUAAACAGAACCACUAUGAGAUUGGUAAUUUUGAGCCAUUCUUAAGGAAAACGUUCUGUUACUUGCCAACUGGGAGGACGUACUUAAUAAGAAGGUGCCCUUACAUUUGGUACCAAAGAUUACACUGAUUUUUUUUUUGUAUACAUGGAUAAAACGUACAUUUAGUACUGUGUUGCUGUGCUGCUGAAGGAAAAAUGUUUCUGGGUAUUGUUGUUCACUGGAAUAUAUGUUCCCUAUUCUGUUUGAAUGAAGAGCCUCAAACAAAUUCCCUAAGCUGACUUUGCCUCAAGUGAUUUGUUCUUCAUAAAUAUCCAAAUUGUUUUUAUUCCAUGCACUUAUUUUCAUUGGAGCAAAAUUGAUAUUUUCAAUUUUUUAAUUAUUGUAAUAAAAACAUUAUGGCAUAGUCAAUGGGAGGUUUUAAUUCUUUGGAAUCUGUUUGUUUUCUUUUAACCAAGAUGACAAAGAAUUAAUGUAGCAAAAUUUUGCUACAUGUAAUAUCCCUGCCAUAUUGGAAUGGGUAAAAAACUGUAUGGAAAAUAAAGCAUAAAUUGAACAAAGUCCUUUUUAAAUCUAAAUUUCUCAUAGUGAUGGACAAUAUACCUGUCUUGUAUUAGUCCAACAUGCUGAUAAGUAACUGAAAAUAGCACAUUGCUGUAUUAUUCCCAUAUCAGUUCUUUUCUUCCAAACCUCAUUCAUUCAUUUUAUUACUCAGAACAACUGCUCUUGUCCUGUACUUGUGCUUGUCCAAGAAAGAGAUUUAGAAGUGGUAGAAGGAGUAUCUUCAGGAUCUAGUACAGAAGAGUCUGAAGUACCAUUUCUUAGUCUGUUCAUAUGACAGACUUGGGUAAUUAGAGUGAUUGAAUGCACUGGAGUUAAACAAAAUCAGAAUACUUCCUUUUUAGAAUGUGUAUGUCAGGAAACUUAACACCAGACACAUGAGCAAGGAUGCACCUAUUUAAAAGGGGGAAGAGCUAGUUUAAAGAACUUUACUCACACCUUGGUAGAGGAAUGACUGUAGGCAAGUGAAGACCCCUCGCUCCCAACUUCUGGUCUUGGACAUGAUGGUUCUAGUGGAAUGAGCUCCGUAUCAUAUUUUCACUCUGAUUGCCCCCUAAUGAUAGUGGAGUCUGAAGCCUGAUUAUGUCUCCAGUCACGUCAGGCUCCAGAACUAGCACUUAAGAAAGUUCUAGGAGCGUAUCUUUGCCCUUUUGACUAAUUCCUCCUUCCUCCCUCUGCAUCUAUACAACACAUGGUGGGUUUUAGCUGUAAAGGACAAAUCUUGUUCCUGAUUCGUGGGUCCAGAAUUCAUUAUGCAUGGCAGGGGAAAGUCUAUGAUCAUGCAAGUCCACUAACCAGACUCCCUUCAGAGGAGGCCACAGAACUUAUUACUGCAGCCAACAGAUGGAGGUUUGAAGGCACAGCUGUCCAUCUCAUAAACAUAGUCAACAUUUCCCCCUCGCGCUCCACCAAGCUCUCCUGCACAACACUUGUUUGCUUUGGCUUUGUUCUGGGGUCCAAGAUUUGGCCUUACAUGAUCAUGGAUUAAUACCUUUUUUUGUUUUAUUCCAGAAAUCGUAGGGGAAUCACUUAGAGCUACUUGGCAGCACUGAAUGGAACAUAUUUAAAUUGGGUUUGAAAAACUGCAAAAUUGUGUAGGGUAAAUAUUAAAGGGUUGCAUUUUAAAACAAAUAUGGGUGAUACCUUAUUAACAGUAAAUAUGCAUGGAGGUCGUCUUGUUCCACCCAUUAUUUUUUAUAGAAUGAUUGACUGUCCACUGAGAGAUUUACUGAUACCCAGCUCAGAGUAGUGCCUUGUUAGCUUAUUCACCUACCUUUAUUACUACAUACUUCAUGGUCUGUGAAUUUGGUCUCUGUGUUGAGAUGGCAGAGUCUACAGUCAAAAAAGGGCUUCCUCAUGGAUUAAAACUGUUUUUUUCUGCCCCAUCUCAGGGAACUUUUUAAUACUCCGAUAUGAGUUCAAUCAAGAUAGAAAAAGCUCAAAGUAGAUGGACGCGCUUUAUUUCCCAUUGCACAAAAAAAGAAAAAUAAAUGGCUUUUUUAAUAGACUUAGGGAAACCAGUGAGACCUAGAAAUAGAAUGGUAGAUGAGAUUUUUCUGUUCAGAUUUAAAAUUCCAUAGAUGAAGAUUGGGGGAAGUAGGCAGAAUAUGAAUGAGUAUUUAAAAGAUAUGCAUGAGUCUGUUUUGAAGUGUUCAUAUUUAUUUCUGUUGAUGAAACUGACCCCAGUGCAAAAAUUACAAACAAACCCAGUAGCUCAAUGUAAUGUAGGGAGGUUCUUUGGUAAACUGAAGAGGGUGAUUUCCAGUCCUGUGGCCAUUACUGCAACCACCUUCUCCAUGGUCCUGUAUCUCCCUUUAUGGAGGUCAAUAUCCAGUAAAUCUUCUCCACAUCAGCAGAUCCACGGAUGCCAGCCCAUCCCUGGCCUGCCAUGCCCUGCUCCUAAAUACUGCUGCGUGGGGAUUUCAGAGCUGGUCUCCAUAAUGUACACGGCUGCCCCUGGACCUCCAUUCAAGUUCCCCAAAUCCUCCACUCCUUUAACAGUGAAAUCACACUGUUUCCACUAUGUGACCCUCUUUUUCCUGUGGAGGUCAGUGAAGGAUUGGCCUCAUAGAACCUAUAUGGAGGUUAAAAUAGGGCAUAGGACCUAUGCAGGGGAGUGGAUUUCACUGUGUGGUUCUUCAACUCACAGUACAACAGUCUAGCUCAAAUCUGCAUGGCAGCUUUGGAUGACUUCCGUUGUUUUCAUUUCCCCGUACUGCUUACAGAACUGCUAGUAUAAACAUCCAUUGUAAUAAUUAGUGCCCAACACUUAUCGCUGACUUAUGUUAACUAGAUAAAAUAAAAUGGACAAGUAGCCCGCUUGCUAUAAUGAUACCUGAUUUGGUGGGGAUAUGAAACGGGGCAUCAGAUUAAGCUGAUUAUGAAUGAGGAAUGGUCUCAAAUGACUGACGUCUUCCUACACAAGAUGUAGCAAUCACCAGUAAUGAUUCUUGCAAAUAUGUUUGUUUAAAAAAGAAUAAUAAUUGAAAGCAAAAUUCUGGAAACAGUCUGUUAUGUUGCCUGAAUCUUGAGGCAGAUCUACAGUGAGGCAAAGUUAGCAGAGGAAUUUGUUUUCAUUCAGACACAUUUGUUGUAAAUGAUUUAUAAACUAGUAUUUUCACAUUUCUUUGGCAGGGACCCUCUCUCCUUUGGUUUAAUGGAGAAUAAUAGAUAAUAUAUUUUCUUGUUAAGUUUGCAGCUUUGGGACAGUUCUCCCUCUCCCACCCCCCACGUCUAACAUCUACUGAAUGUUUCAAACCUUGAAGGGGUUUGGGCAAUUUGACUUGUUUUGCAAACCGAACCACAAUUAAUAAAUCCCACCCUGAAAUAAACAUCUCAUUAAAAAUAAAAUCAACACACUCGUGAGGAUGACGAUUUGUUUGAAUUGACUGCAAUUUGCAGAUAAAUACCUGUGGGCUCAAUACAUUUUUUUUCUUUUAGGGUCUGAUCCUGUGAAGUGCUGAGUACUCGUUACUCUCUUUGAGUUCACUGAGAGUUGAAGUGCUCAAAACAAAUAGGCGCCUAGCCUCUUGCAGGAUUUAAGCUUUAUAUUGCACAUUAAGUUUUAUUGUUUUUAAGAUAUGUUGCUUUGUGUAGGGAAAAGCACAAUUGUUCUAAAUGUGUAUAUAAUAAAGGAAGAGAGUUUAUGGAGUAGAGCAUUUCUGCACAGUACCUUUGCUACUGAGCAUUCACAAUACCAUUUGUGUAGUUUAAAGUGUUAAGAUGUAUUCUGUCAGGCUUGUCCUCUAAUAUUAUUUUGUGUACAGCAUUUGGGUAUUACUGUUUUAUUAUUUGUAUAACUGUAAAAUAAAUUAAACUUUUUUUUCA